AGCGAAGCCGCCGAGCCCUGGGACGGCUUUCCCGCCCCGUCCUACGCCGCCCGCUCGAGCAUGGAGGCCUUUCCCGCCCACGGCGGGCGGCUGAGCGAGCGAGGCGGCCGCUGAGGGCGGCUAACGGGCUUGUGGUUUGGGCGGGCAAAAUGCAGGCGGGCGGGGGCAGGCGAGGGUGAGACGCCGCCAUGAGCCGGCAGCAGGCGGGCGGCGGCGGCCUGGGCUGCGACGGAGAGGACGAGGAGAGGCAAGAGGCCGCCCUGAAGAAGCUGAUCGUCCGGCUGGAAAAUGUCCAGGAAGGCAAGCAAAUGGAGACGCUGCUCCAGAUCCUGGAGGACCUCCUCGCCCUCGCCUCUUCGCCCCGCGGUCCCAGCUUACUCCGUGGCAAAAAUAUUCACAUGCCUUUGCUCCUGGUUUUGGUCUCUUACAUGCCCGUGGCGGACGUGCAACAGGUUGGUUGGUCACUUCUUUGCAAACUUAUUGAAGUUUGUCCAGACGUGCUUCAAAAGCUAGCGGCUCCUCAAGAGGUUGGAAAGGAAUGGGAAGUGCUCGGUGUUCACCAGCACAUUCUUAAGAUGCUUAAGCACCACCAUGUGAAUGUACAUCUUUCAACAGUUGGACUCAAAGCACUGAACCUACUUCUUAUGUCAGCUGAAAUAACACUCCUCCUUUUAGAAGAAGGGGCUGAUGAUGUGUUUCUGUUGAUAUUUAAUGCCAUGGACACCUUUUCUGGCAAUGAAGAGAUCCAGAAAAACGGGUGCCAAGCUUUGCAUGUGCUGUUAGAAAAAGUUCCAGAGGCGCAGCUAAUUGAAUUUGUCGAGGACGGAGAUCAUACGAUAAUACUCAACGUGUUUAAACAAUUCCCAGAGAAAGAAAAUAUAGUACUCUUUGCACUUCUUUCUCUACAGUCACUGGCUGGACCACCCAGUAAUGUGGAAGUUCUUAUGUCUGGAAAUGUGAGGUGUUACAAUGUCAUAGUGGAGAUGAUGAAAACUUUCCCCCGGAGUGAACCAAUUCAGGAAGUGAGCUGCUGCUUGUUGCACAAACUUACGCUGGGAAACUUUUAUAAUAUCCUUGUGUUGAAUGAUGUACAUGAAGUCAUUGCACAGGCUGUUGAAAAGUACCCUGCAAAUGCAAAGCUCCAGGCUGCAGGCCUCAGCUGUUUGGCUCUUCUCACGGAAACAAUAUUUUUAAACAGAGACUUGGAAGAAAAAAAAGAGGAGGAAGAAAAGGAAGAGAGAGAACAAUUAUGUUGGCUGGAAGCCUGUUAUAAAGCCUUACGAAUUCACCGAAAAAAUACUGACGUACAGGAGGCGGCAUGUUGGGCUUUGAACAAUCUCCUUAUAUAUCAACCGUGUCUUCAUGAGAAGAUUGGAGAUGAGGAAAAAAAGUUCCCAGCACACAGAGAGAUGAUGCUCGCCAUGUUAAUGCAUUCCAACUCAAAAGAAGUGUUCCAAGCAGCUGCCAAUGCCUUGGCUACUCUGUCAGAACAAGACGUUGGCAUUAGGAAAAUCCUCUUGGCAAAAGGAAUACACAUGAAUGUGCUGGAAAUACUGAAGAAACACUCCAACUUCCCUGAAGUCGCAGAAAGUGCCUGCAAAUUGUUGAACCGUGCUUUUAAAGGAAGUUAUCCUCCUCUGGAUAUAAUGGCGGCGGCUGCAUCCAGAGCUGUGAAGAUUCUAAAGAAGCAUAAAAAGUUGUCAUCUGUGCAGCUGGAAGCACUUCGAAUUAUUUUACAUUUUAUGAAUCCAGGAGAAAUGAAAGAACAGCCAAAUAGCUCAUUGGGAGAUGCUGACCUGGCUCUGACAUUAAAAAUUAUUAAAAACCAGUGUUUGUUGGAAGGGGCUCACACGCUGGUCCUGGAUGCUCUGAACAGGUUUAUUGGAAACCCUGGCAUUCAGAAGUGUGGAUUUCAAAUACUUUCUUCCGUAGUGGCGUGUUCAGGUGCUCUUGAAAUGUUGUUACAGCAGGGAAUGGCAGACACUGUACUCCAUUCACUACAAAUGUAUCCUGUUGAUCAAGAGAUACAGUGCCUAGGCUUAAGUCUGCUGGGAUCCUUGAUCACGAGAAAGAACUUGUGUAUUGCAACAAUACAUGUUCUGGCAACAAUUUUGGUUUCUACUCUAUGGCGAUUUAAGGAUGUUGUUGAAAUACAGAUGCAUGGAUUUCACGCAAUUAUAACAAUACUUGACCUAUCACCUUGUUUUGCGAAGCUGCUCAUUCAGGAGUCAUUUGACACUGUUAUUUUCUAUCAGAUGUCUAUGUGCUUCAAUGAACAAAGAGACCCCAAGUUUCAGAAUGUUUGCUGUAAAUGCUUUGCCAAGAUAGCCGACAACGAUGAUCUAAAAAACGUGAUGUUGGAGAAAGCAUGUGCAGAAUUCAAUACCAUUAUGUCUGAAUGUUUGUUACUGCUUGGAGCUGAUGUGAAUAAGAAGACAAAGGCAAACUCCUUAAUUUAUCAAGUUUGUGAGAAAGGAAGCAAUCCUGAAUUGGUCGAACUGCUGCUGAACAGUGGUGCCCGUGAGCAGGAUAUUCGAAGUGCCCUGACUGUCAGCAUCAAGAAAGGAGACAGCCAGAUCAUUAGCUUGCUCUUGAAAAAGCUAAGUCUGGAUGUAGCUAACAGCAGCAUAUGUCUUGGAGGAUUCGGCAUUGGAAGAAUUGAAUCUUCUUGGCUGUUCCCCUUGUUUCCUGAUAAAAGGGCAUCCUUCAGGAAACAAACACAUGCAGGUUCUCUAUUGGCAAGAAUGGUGCUUAGAUAUCAGAGGAAAAGCAGCUAUGAGGGCCAGUCAAAAUCCAGUUCUGAUGUAAAUGUUGGAGAUGAUGCAUUGGAGAAAUACAAUGAUUGGGCAUUCCUUCCUGAUCCAUUAGUCGACAAUGUUUUCCACCUGAAUGAUGAUAUAGAUAGCGAAGGGAGUGAAAGCUCAUUUGUUAUGAAGAAGAAAUCCAACUCUGUAGCAGUUGCAGAUCUCCACAAAGACAUGGCCUCACAGACAUGUUCUUCUACUCCCCAAAGGCAUUCUGUGGGACCUGGGUCACAUUGUGAACCCUCAAGGAAUCAGAGAAGAAAAAUGUCUUCUGAUGAAUCUCAUAACAGCGUGUCUAAAAUCCAAUCAAGUUUAAAACGGUCAGACAGUUUCUCUUCAUUGGUCUCUGACAAGGAAUAUAUUAAGUCACUGGACCUUUCAUCAAACGAGCUGGAGAAUAUAGAUAGCUUCUGUCCUUGCUCUUCCCUGACAACUCACUUGGAACAUCUGGAGAAAUUAGAGCUGCAUCAGAAUGCACUUUCACGUAUUCCAGAACAGCUGUGCGAGACCUUGAAAUCUUUGAAUUACCUGGAUCUUCACAGUAACCUUUUUACAUCUUUUCCCACAUAUUUGUUGAAAAUGCCUCGGAUAGCACACCUCGACGUCUCGCGCAAUGACAUUGGCCCUGCCUUAGUUUUAGAUACCAAGUUUGUCUGUACAAGUCUAAAGCUGCUGAAUUUAUCUUACAACCAGUUACCAUGCAUUCCUGAAUUCCUUGCUGAUGUUGCAGGAAAACUGGAGCAACUUAUAUUAGAAGGUAACAAAAUUCUAGGUAUAUCCUCACCUCUGCAUUUGAAAGAACUGAAGGUUUUAAACAUCAGUAAAAACGGUCUAUCUUUCCUUGUUGAGAAUUUUCUAAAGGAAUGCUUGAAACUGGAAAUACUUAGUGCUAGGAUGAAUAUACUUAAUACUAUACCUGACUUGCCAUCCAACAUAACUACAUUAAAAUUAUCUCAGAAUAGCUUUUUUAGUGUUCCAGAAGCAAUCCUUCUUCUCCCUCAUUUGCGUUCAGUAGAUUUAAGCAACAAUAAAAUCAAAAGCCUGCCUGGACCUGUGCACUGGAAAUCCUCUAAUUUAAGGGAGCUAUUGUUUAGCUAUAAUCAAAUAGAUGUUCUAGACUUGAACGAAAAACCUUGCUCAUGGUUUCGUCUUGAAAAGCUGCAUCUGUCCCACAACCAGUUAAAAGAGAUUCCUCCCGAGAUUGGAUUCCUCAACAACUUGACAUCUCUUGAUGUCAGUUAUAAUCCAGAUUUAAGAUCCUUUCCUGAUGAAAUGGGAAAGUUGUCCAAAAUUUGGGACCUGCCUUUAGAAGGGUUACAGCUUAAUUUGGAUUUCAAACAUGUAGGAUGUAAAGCCAGAGACAUUAUAAGGUUUCUUCAACAGCGUUUAAAAAAAGCUGUCCCUUAUAACCGGAUGAAGCUCAUGAUCGUUGGAAAUACUGGCAGUGGUAAAACUACACUGUUGCAGCAGCUAAUGAAAACCAAACGGCUAGAUCUGGGAAUCCAAAAAGCUACUGUGGGCAUUGAUGUGAAUGAUUGGAAAGUUCAAGUGAAGGGCAAAGUAAAGAAAGAAGUAGUAUUAAAUGUCUGGGAUUUUGCAGGCCAGGAGGAGUUCUACAGCGCUCACCCCCACUUUAUGACUCGGAGAGCUCUGUACCUGACUGUUUAUGACCUUAGUAAAGGAGAAGCUGAAAUGGAUGCUAUGAAGCCAUGGCUAUUUAACAUCAAGGCCCGAGCGUCGUCAUCCCCUGUGAUUCUCAUCGGCACUCAUUUGGAUGUAUCUAAUGAGAAGCAGCGUAAAGCUUGUGUCAGUAAAAUUACCAGGGAGCUGCUGAAUCAGAGGGGUUUCCCUGUAAUUCAGGAUUAUCACUUUGUGAAUGCUACAGAAGAAUCUGAUGCCAUGGUCAAACUUCGAAAAACCAUCAUAAAGGAGAGUCUGAAUUUCAAAAUCAGAGACCAGCCAGUUAUUGGACAGCUAAUCCCAGACAGCUAUUUGGAACUGGAGAAGAAAAUUCUGGAGGAACGUUCAAAUGUUCCAGCUGAAUUUCCUGUGAUUGACCAGAAGCAAUUAUUAAAGCUGGUGCAAGAAAACAAACUGCAGUUGGAUGAAAAUGAGCUCCCGCAUGCCCUUCAUUUUCUGAAUGAAUCAGGUGUGCUGCUACACUUUCAAGACCCAGCCCUUCAGCUGACAGAUUUAUAUUUUGUUGACCCCAAGUGGCUAUGUAAAAUUAUGGCACAGAUCUUGACAGUUAAGGCUGAAGGCUUUCCGAAGUACCCAAAAGGAAUUAUCAAGCGCUCUGAUGUAGAAAAUUUCCUUUUAAAGAAGAGCAAAUUCCCCAAGGUUUACAUGUCGCAAUACUUUAGGCUUCUAGAGAAGUUCCAGAUUGCACUGCCACUUGGAGAAGAUCAACUCCUGGUUCCAAGCAGUUUGUCAGAUAACAGACCUGUGAUAGAGCUACCACACUGUGAAAAUUCAGAAAUUAUCAUUAGGCUGUAUGAAAUGCCAUAUUUUCCUAUGGGAUUCUGGUCCAGGCUAAUCAACAGGUUACUUGAAGUGUCACCGUAUAUGCUUUCAGGAAGAGAACGAGCUCUGCGUCCUAACAGGAUGUAUUGGAGACAAGGCAUAUACCUGAACUGGUCACCGGAAGCCUACUCCCUUGUGGAAUCAGCAGUUUUUGAAAAUAAUCCCAAUAGUUUCCUUAAAAUUACGGUGCCUUCUUGCAGGAAAGGUUGCAUUCUCCUGGGGCAAGUUGUAGAUCACAUUGAUUCUCUUAUGGAAGAGUGGUUUCCUGGGCUGCUAGACGUGGAUGUAUGUGGUGAAGGAGAAACACUCUUGAAGAAGUGGGCUUUGUAUAGUUUUGAGGAUGGUGAAGAGCAUCGGAAAAUAUUACUUGAUGACCUACUUAAAAAAUCAGAAGAAGGUGAUCUCUUAGUAAAUCCAGAUCAGCCAAAAUCUACCGUUCCGAUAGCCCAGAUUGCUCCUGACCUCCUACUGGCUGAUUUGCCUAGGAAUAUCAUGUUGAACCAUGAAGAACUAAAAUUUGAACGAACACCAGAAUUUCUUUUAGGUGAUGGUGGGUUUGGAUCUGUGUACCGUGCUUCUUAUGACAAUGAAGAAGUAGCUGUGAAGAUUUUCAAUAAGCACACAUCGCUUAGGCUCCUUAGACAAGAGCUCGCCGUGCUUUGCCACCUCCAUCAUCCUAGCUUAGUGUUCCUACUCGCUGCCGCGGUGCGUCCCCGGAUGCUUGUCAUGGAACUAGCCCCAAAGGGAUCUCUAGAUCGGUUACUGCAACAAGACAAUGCAACUUUAACCAGGACGCUCCAGCACAGGAUUGCGUUACAUGUGGCCGAUGGCUUAAGGUAUCUACAUUCAGCAAUGAUUAUCUACCGCGAUUUAAAGCCCCAUAAUGUGCUGCUUUUCACGCUGUACCCCAAUGCAGCUGUCAUAGCAAAGAUUGCUGACUAUGGCAUUGCUCAGUAUUGCUGCAGAAUGGGGAUAAAAACUUCAGAAGGCACCCCAGGAUUCAGAGCACCAGAAGUUGCAAGAGGAAAUGUUAUUUACAAUCAGCAAGCUGAUGUUUAUUCAUUUGGCUUGCUCCUGUAUGACAUUUUAACAGCUGGUGGGAGAAUAUUAGAAGGCAUGAAAUUUCCAAAUGAAUUUGAUGAACUAGCUAUCCAUGGAAAAUUGCCAGAUCCUGUAAAAGAAUAUAACUGCUCCCCCUGGCCAGGAGUUGAAGAUUUAAUUAAGAAGUGCCUGGAAAAAAAUCCUCAGGAAAGACCUACGUCUGCCCAGGUUUUUGAGAUUCUGAACUCUGCGGAACUUGUCUGCCUGAUGAGAGACAUCUCCCUGCCCUGUGUCUCGACGUCCGAGUGCAUGGUUGCUACAAAUCAGAGCUGUAAGAAGACAGGAGUCUGGAUAGGUAGUGGAAACUCAGAAACAUGGCAGCUCUCGUUCAUUGACUUAAACACACAUGGACAUACUUGUCAGGACAUUACAGAUUCCAGAAUAUUGUGUUUGGUCCUGGUGACUCUUCCUACAGAAAAGGAAAACUGGAUCGUAGCAGGAACACAGUCAGGUUCUCUGUGGGCCUUUCACACGCAAGAUGAGAAUCACAAGCACCAGUUGCAGAAGAUGUCCGAUUCGGUCACGUGUCUUUACUGCAACUCCUUUGCAAAGCAAAGCAAGCAGAAGAAUUUCCUUUUAGUGGGUACUGCUAAUGGGCAACUGGCGAUAUUUGAAGACAGAGCAGUAAAGUGCGAGGGCGCUGCGCCUUUGAAGAUAUUGCCAGUUGGGAACGUCAGCACUCCAGUUGUAUGUUUAAGUGAAUCUAAUUAUUCACCUGAAAAAAGCAUCAUCUGGGGAGGCUGCGGGACAAAGAUUGUAUCGUUGUCCAGCGACUUAUCUGUUCAAAAACUCAUUGAGACAAAGACAAGCCAACUAUUAUGCCACAAAGCUUACAGCGAUGCCAAUAUUAUUUCAAUGGCAGUAGACAAAUCAGUAUACUUGGCAAAGAAGAAUAGCUAUUUUGUGGAGAUUUGGGAUAAGAAGACAGAGAAGCUUUGUGAACUAAUAGACUGUGUACAUUUUCUAAGAGAGGAGGUGCCAAAGCUGAAUAAAGAAUCCAAACAAAACCUUGCGUAUGCAGGAAGAGUGAAGAGCAUCUGUCUGCAGAGGAAUACGGCCCUGUGGAUCGGAACUGGGGGAGGGCAUCUACUGCUGCUUGACCUCUCCACGCGCCGCCCCAUAAGAAUCAUCAAUGAUUUCUGUGAUUCCGUGAGACUCGUGAUGACAGCCCAGCUAGGCAGUCUCAAGAACGUUGUUCUGGUUUUGGGCUGCUGCUAUAAAACUGGUAAAGACAACAAACUUAACACAGGAAUGCACACAUGUGUGUCUGUAUGGGACAUUAACCUGCCACAUGAAGUACAAAACCUGAGAAAACACAUUAAGAUAAGACAGGAGUUAGCAGAAAAAAUGAGGGUUUUUUCUUUGGAUUAAGUGGCAAAACGGAGAGGCAGCCUGUUAGCUGUCCGUUUAUUUUACGGAGGCUGGGGAGGGAGGGGUCUCCACUGAAAUAUGUGGUGGAAAUUCUCAUUUGAGUGCACUGCUUGUCUUGUUUAAAUGCGCUGAAGGUAUUAAAGGCAGGGAAAUGUAAUGAUUUUCUAGUGCCACUGUUUAUUGGGAGGGAGGAGCCAAAUUGUUUAUAAUAUUGAAACUGAAUUCCUUUAACCUGCUUACUGAUGCCAGUUACGGCAUUCCACGUUUGGAGUAACUCCAGUGUUGUGUUUUAUAUACUGUAUUUUAUAUGUACACACAUGCACAUGUAACCUUUUUGAAGGUUUUGUACUUUUUUGCACUUAAGAGCCUUGUACUUUAAAUACAAUAUGUCAGGCAAGUCUAUUUUCUUAAUUAACGCUAAAGAUUUUAGCAUGUUAAACUCAUGAAAUGUUUUGGUGCUUAAAUGGAGAAAGAUAAGCCGCUGUGGAGAUUUUGCUGUGUAGUUGGCUGAGUAAGCCCCAGAGCAGCAGAAAUUGCUCACACCAAUGUACAGUUUUGUUAAUUCAUUUUGCAGCGCUGGAUGCUGGGUUCGGAGCCUGUUGUAAACAGAAUAGUUAAUGUAGAUAUGUUUGCUGACUGUUUCUGGCAUGAGUCAAGUAUUAUGCACCGGCAAUAUAAUUCCAGAAUUUAGCCAUUCCUAGGUAUUUUGUCACCAGAAACUUAGCAUCUCUCCUUAGCAUAUCACCUUCAAGAUGUCCUUUCCACCUUUCAUAUUGCCACUAGAGGUGGGCACAGUCCAGAAAACUGACCAAAAUUUUGCGUGGUCUGGCCCGGUUCAUGGUUUGCGAACACGCAGUUCUUGGGGCUCACCGUUUUCAUGAAUUUUGGUCCAUUUGAGCCAGUCCUUGUUCCGUGAGUCCAAACAUCCUGGCACCGAUCUAUCAAUUCCUUGUGCAAUGGAGGGGACGUCCGCAGAACUUUUGCAGCCCUUAAAAACUUGAUAGGAAGCUCUGUCUGCCAAGCAGAGAGCUCCCAUUCUGCUCUACGGAGCAAGGAGCAUGGACGUUCUGCAGCCAAUCUCAGCCCUCGAAACCUUGAUAGGCAGCUCUGCCUGCCAAGCAGAGAGCUCCCAUUCUGCAAGGGAGGGGUGGACGUUCUGCAGCCAAUCUUGGCCCUCAAAACCUUGAUAGGUAGCUCUGCCUGCCAAUCAGAGAGCUCCCAUUCUGCUCUACGGAGCAAGGAGCAUGGACGUUCUGCAGCCAAUCUCAGCCCUCAAAACCUUGAUAGGUAGCUCUGCCUGCCAAUCGGAGAGCUCCCAUUCUGCUCUAUGGAGCAAGGAGCAAGAAUGAAUUCCCUAGGCAACAGCUGGGAAGGUGUCUGUGUGGUGAGUGAGGGGGCUCUUCCCCCACCCUUUUCUGUUUGAUGUUGCCUCAUUGCAACUUUUUGGUGUUGCUAACCAAUGCAAGUCAAUUGGCUUUUGCAACUCCAGUAUCUACUGGAAGUUUCCUGGGGGGGCGGCUGCUUUGGGGGUCUGUAACGCAGAUGUCCAAAAUGCAAUUUUGACCAAACUUGGAGGGUGGCUGGAGGAGAGGCUGCUGAAGAUUCUCUGCCAGUUUGGGCUCUCUGGGUGUGAAGGGGGCGGAGCCAGGGCCCCUGGAAGUGACAGACGACGGACUGACAAACCUGUCCGCGAACCAGGCUGGUCUCUGAAAAUCGACGGAUCAUGGGCCAGUGGUCCGCAGGGUUUUCCCUGUCCAUGCCCACCUCUAAUGGCCAUUCUGUGUUUAAAUCUCACACAUACUCCAGUGCCAUUUGCAGCUUCCCUGUAACAAGCUGGAAUCGCAAGAAGAAGGAUUUUAAAAAAAUAAUCUAGAGUGGCAGCCUGUUCAGUGAGGUAUUGCCAAAGAGACCUUAGAUAUUUUUUGCUUUUAAAUUAUUCUUCUCACUAAAUAGAGGCUUAACAGUGGAGCUGCCGAACAAGAGCAUUUCUGUCUGUCUUGCGUCCCAGCUGUAUCUCGAUUAAUGGUUGGGCAGUUCCCAUGUAACUAGCACUUGUCACAAGUCUCCUGCAAAUGCUAUAUUUAUAUUGGAAUUUAAAACAUUGAAACUGUACAUUGUUAGGAACAAAUAAACAUUUUGUAUC